GACUAUCUAUACAUGCAUAUUAGAUUGCCGUAUAUAGUGAUUGUAUGUAUGCGUAAUUUUUUUUUUUUUUUUUUUUUUUGUAUUUGCGUGUGAGUAUGUCAAAAGAUGAAGGUCAGUAGAAAAAGAAGGAAGUUAAAAGAGUAAGGACGUCAGGUCAGAGGGAGAAGAAAAAACAAUAAAAAAGAUUAAAAAAAAAGAUGAAAAAGAUAAAAAAAGGAGGUAAAAGAAGGGAUCGGAGGUCGAAAGAAGGAAAAGAAGGUAAAAAAAGGAGAAGAACGAGGUAAAAGAAAGGAGGAGGAGGUCAAAAGAAGGAAAAGAAAGCGGUAGAAAAAAAGGAGGAGGAGGAAGAGGUCAAAAGAAGAAGAAGAAGGUAAACAAAGAUGGCGGUGAUGUGUGUCAUCCCGCUGAGGCUCUCCGCGCUAUUAUGGCUGGUCCUGGCCCUCACAGCCGGCACCCACGGGGACAGGGUCAAGAACAAGAUAUACCAGGACAUCCAGGGUGACAUGGCGUGCUUCAAGAGGUUCAACGGCACACAUGAGAUCGGCUGCACCUCAAAGUUCUACGGCAACCUGGGGGCGGUCCAUGUCGUGUCCGAGCCCGAGAACCUGACGUGGGUGCUGCAGCAGGGCCCUCACGCCCCCUACGUGCUGGCCCUCUACCCGGAGCUCAUGACGGUGGAGGUCCUGCAGCAGGCACAGGACUCCGGGAAGGUGUCCGGGGUGAUCCUGAUGGUGGAGGAAGAUUUUGAUCCCGCCACCCUCACCAACGGUUUUUCCGGGGAGAAGAAGUGUCCUAAUGAAGAGCUGGGCAUGUACAGUGCGUCCGGCAAUCCAGACUAUGCCGGGUAUUGCCACAAGAAACCCUGGAACGCAGAUGGCACGUCUCUCCUCUACAUGAAUUGGAACUUCCCGAUUUUUCUGGUUGACGAUCAAACCUCCAUCAAUAAUGUCAUAGAUUGUUACAAAGGCUUCAAUGAGCCAGUGGAUGGAGAGGCGAGGUCGUGGCCCCUGUGUUACUCCGAGCUCAAGUCCAACAUGUUCGGCACGACCAACUCCGAGGUGUGUAUGCGACGCAGAGCCAUCAACUCCAGGUUUCAGUCUGUCAACUUUUGUGACCCACUCCAGGACUACAACAUCUGGGGCAGCCUCAAGCCCAUGAACAGCACAGAAGUUAUUCCUGAGAAGUCCGUCAUCAUUGUUGCCACAAGAAUGGAUGCCGCCUCCAUGUUCGACAACAUCUCCCCAGGGGCAAACUCUGCCAUCUCAGGUUUGGUGACGCUGAUGAUUGUGGCAGAGGCAAUAAACAAACUGAAGGAUGAGAUUAUGAAGUCAGAAACUGAAAAAAACGUGCUGUUUGUCAUAUUUCAAGGCGAGACCUGGGGCUAUAUAGGGUCUUCUCGGAUGGUGUGGGACAUGGAGAAAGGACAGUUUCCUUUCGAGCCACAGAAGGAUAUGUCAGACCAGAUAGCUCAGCUUAACUUCACUCAUAUAAAUUCCAUCAUUGAACUAUCUCAGGUUGGCCUGGGAGUGACAGGGGAUGUAAGUAACCUGUUCCUACACACUGAUCCAGUAUCUAAUGUUGAUCCAGAUAUCCUAAGUGGGACAAAUGUGGUGAUGGAAUCUCUUCAGCGAGCUGCGGGUGGGUCUGACUUUGUGAAAAUGGAGACGGCUGGUGAUGCACCACUCCCACCAGCUUCCCUUCAGAGUUUCUUGAAGAAAGUGAACAUCUCCGGUGUUGUUAUUACUGACCACAAGGAGGCAUUCGUGAAUGAGUUCUAUGAGAGUAUUUUUGAUAAUUAUCGUAAUGUUAAUUAUAGCACCAGCUCUGAGAAUGCAAGUCAAACAGAGGACACGUAUCACCUGCAAGUGUCCCGUGUUGCAAGUGUGGUUGCAACAGCAGUUUACUCGCUCCUCACCAACUCUCAACCGUCGUCCCUGAUAGCUGUCAACGAGACUCUUGCAGACCAGCUUCUGUACUGCUACAUGAAAAAUGUGAGUUGUCAGAUGUUCCAAGAGUACGGUGGUGAAGAUCUGAUGCUGAGGGGCUUCUUCAACGACAAGCCGGCCAAGAUGUACGUGAGUGUCAGGCAGGGAGAGAGUGGGCGGACAUCAGUCACCCGUUCUAUAUUUGCCAGUCUUUUGGGUGAAAAGAAGGAAGACUACAAUAGAAGUUCUUGUACAACAGACAGUCUUUACCAAGUGAAUCAGUUUUAUUACUUUCCAUCAGUAGGUAAUGGCACUUGCUACCAGUCAACUGUAAGAAAAACUGAAGCCAUGAGCCCUGCUUUCUUGAUUGAUGAUUAUGACUGGCAAUCUGGAGAGUUUUCCACAUGGACUGAAAGUGGAUGGCAAUUGACAGAAUUGAGAAUAUUCCUUCGGCCCUCGGUGAUGGAGGAGGUUGCCUUGGUGAGUGGCGGAGUUGUUUCACUGUUACUUUCUUUUGUACUCGUUUAUUUCAUGAACAAAAAAGCAGAUGUUCUCUUUGGUGUAAUUAGUCCUCCAGAAGCUUGCUGAAGCUUUUAGAAUAAUUAUUCAUCAGUACUGUGAUCAUGCAUUUUAUAUUAAGAUAUUUCCACUGAUCUCGGAUAUAAUAUAAUAUCAUAUCAUGUAUG